AUGAUGAGCUAGAAUAACAAUAAAAAUGGGCUCUUGAAGCAAAAUAACAAUAAUAACACCAAUAUGAAGAUUAUUUUUUCAGAGGAUGAGUUAUUUGAUCUCAAGAAUUCCGAUGUGAGUGAGUAGAAAAACGACUUUAAUUACAGUGUUCCUUAGGAUUAAAUAACAUACCCAAACCUUUAUGACCAUAGCUUAAACUACUCAAUUUUACCUAUAGACAAAACUCAAAUAUCAGUUAUUAGGCAAUAAUCCAGAUUAAGAAAUAAAGCAUUUAGGAUUAAAACUUCGAUAUAAAACUCAAAAAAUAAUUCUCCAGAGUAAGCAAGAGCCAUUAGAAAUAUAAAAGAACCCAGGUACUAAAAGUUGCCUAAUGAAGAUCUUAUGAGGGAAGCAUACCAAUUUAAUGAUAAGGAGUUGAGAUCCAUUAUAAUGCAAAUACAGAAAGAGCGAUAAUAGUCUUAUGAGUUAGGUAUGCGGAAGUUAAAAUCCUUAGAUCUAAAGCAAGCCAACACUUUAGGCUUAAUAAAAUAAAGAAAAUAAACAGCAAUAAUUUAGAGUCUGGAGUUCGGAAAAGAUUUCAGAGAUAAGACUGGGAUGCUAGGUUUCCGUAAUUUUAACUCUAAAAUCGUGGCAUCUCCACAGCAUGAUGCGAUUGCAACUGGUGGGGCACAAAGAAUAAGUCUAGAGCCCCUCAAGUCAUUCAGAAAGUACAAGUUCACAAAUCAAAGGAAAAGCAUGCCUCAAACACAAACCUCUAUAUUUUACCCAAACCGUUUCGAUCCUUUAAAUAAUACUGGUGCUAAGAUCUAAACAACUCAGUAGCAAAUGUAGAGGAAUGACUUUUAAUAGUAAUAACAAUUAUUGUAGUAGUAAAAGGAGAAUGAUAGAGAGUAAUUGAGUGGUUGGUAAGACAAAACUCACUUGAUAUAAAAGCAAACAGCACCUGUGAUUAGUAAUCUCAGUACUCCUAAGCAGAAUAACUGGGUCACUGAUAGAUGGAGAUAGAAAUUCAAUUAGCAAAAUAUAGUAGAUGAGGCCAAUGUACUAUUUGAUUUUUUGGAUUUUGAAUUCGGGUAUAUUUGCAUUAUAAAUCUUCAGUAGCACUAAAUCUGGAUAACCAAGGUCUCAGAGAUAUAGACAUAUUAGGACAAGAAUGUGAUUAACUUCAAUUUCUCAGCCUUAAGUAUAAUCAAAUAGCAAGUCUAAAACCCCUUCAAAGUCUUAAUAAUCUCUGGGUAGUUGACUUAUAACAGAACUAAGUAAAAAUACAAAAUCUUAUCUCAAAGUUAUUAAUUGGCAAUUUAUAGAUUCAAAAUUUCUAUGGACUAUCCUAGUUUAAAGUUCUGGGAUCUCUAGGUAUGGGUUCUAAAUGAUAAAUACAUAACUCUACCAGAAAGAAGAGAAUCAUAAGCUAAUCAGAGUUCAAUUUCUAUACUUGAGUAGAGUUAGCAAAAGAUUGGUGGAGAUAAUUAAAACAGUAAUGACAUCAUUUUGCCAAUUUAAAUGUAUAUGAAUGAGAGAGCUUUGGAAUUUUUAGAACAUUUUGGAACUCUUAACUAACAGAAAAAAUACUAUUUCUGUAAAGAAGAAGUCCCAUUCGAUAGUUCAGAUUUUUAUGACUUUGAGGAGAAAAAAUUCUACUAUCUUGUUUCUCAUACUGAUUAUUGCUCAGAGCUAGAAUCUAUGAACAAUGUGUAAAAAAGAUAUCUAAAUCAACAACUUAAUUUUAGCUAAGUGAAUUAGAGCUCUCAAAGCCCAAAGUUUAGGAAGAAUAACACACUUAAAGGAGCAUAUAUUCCUAAGAUACACUAGAUAUAUUUGCCCAAAUGGAUGCAGUUAAGUUACUCUAAUAAAUUGCUUUUGGUUGUAUUCUUGCAUUCUUAUCUUGAAGGACUCAUUUCUCAAGAAGUCCUUAAUCAAAUGCUUGAACUAAUUGUCAAAGAUACUUAAAAUGGAAAUAAUAGACCAGGAAGCAUUAAUUAAGAAAUAAAAUCUCUGAUUUACAACAUUCCUGCUCAUCUUUAAAUGGGAAUAACCAUUUAUUUGAGAUAGGAUCUAAUCAAUAAUCUUUAAGAGGAGGAACUAUAAGAGACCUAAACCUAAUUGCCUAAUAUCAAUCAGAGUAAUCAAUAACAUAUGCCAAACUUACAUUAAGAUGUAAGUAGUCCAAUGUCAUUUGGUGGAGGAAUAGGCUAAGAUACCUUAAAAUCGCCUAAGAAUUUAGGGGCUCAUUAUGAUCCUUCAAAUUUAAGAGUUGGGCCAGAGAUGAAUUCGCUCAGUAGCAGCAAUAAUAGAUUUGGUACUUAUCAAACUUUUUCAACAAACUCAGGACUUGAAAGAAUGAAUUUCGAUAAAAUGUUAUAGAUUCUUGAGUGUCUUAAUAUCAAUAACCUUAUCUAUAAGUUUUCGGAAGUUUAGAAAAAUAUAGAACAAUAAAUAUCAAAUGAUUUGAAUGCCUCAACUGAUCGAAUUAAAAAACCACAUCCAUAUAAAACUACUUAAGUUUAAGCUAAUAAGUAAAUUAGUAUUCCAAAAAUGGUAGAUUUUCCAAAAAAAGAACUCGAAAGAGAUGGAGAUCAUGAGAGUUACUAUGUGGAAGGAUCAAUGGGUAAUUUGAAGAAUAUUUUAUCAAUUAUGGAGGAGACAUAAGAUAAAAAUAAAAUAAAGUUUACCUUCUUUGAAAAAUAUGGAUAAUAGCAAGCUGUUAAAGAAUAAAAUUCGAAAGCUGCUAAUGCUAAUGCUAAUCAUAUUAAAAAGCAUAUAAAUAAAGUAAAUGACACAAAGGAAGAAAUUUAAUCUAAAAAAUUGCCACCAGUCAGCAGUAGUCAAUAAAAUCAAAAUUAGAGCCAAUAAGCAGAUAAUGUUUUUAUGAUAGUGGGAUAAAGAUAAAAAUCAAGGGAUAAGAAUGAUUCUUAGCUUUAAAAUUUCAAAGCCUAAAAAGUCUAUAAUUAGCAUAAACCUUCAACAGAAGAACACGAUAGAAAGCCAGUUAAUCUUAAGGAAAAUAUAGAAAGUGAAGAGUUAUAAAGAAGAACUGCAGAUAUUGAUGGAAGAACUAAUAAUAAUAAUAAUUCAUCUAAAAUUAUGGAUCGAGAUGAACAAUUCUAAUAGAAUCCUACUAUAAGUUCAUAGGAUAAGAGGGAGGAUAGUAGAACAAAUAUUUAGCCAAUUAAAGUUCCAAGUGUCUUAGGAUGGCCAUCUGGUAGUACACCUCCAGUAAUGCCCUCUGAUAAUAAUUCAGAGAAAACCACUAAAAGAUUGGGAACAGGAAAUAAGAAUGGAAGAAAGUAGAGUGUUAAUGGGUAGCCAAUCAUGCCAAUUCAUAGGAAAACAAGCAACAAAAAGGUUGUAUUUAAUCAAUAUCUUUAAAACCAAUAGGCAGGUAAAACUACAGUCAAUUAAUUCAAUCCCUUAAGUAACCCUUAAAUUUAAAAGUCUAAGUCGGGAUUCUCUUUCAAAUCUAACGAUUACACAGUAGUUGGUCUUAAUUCUAAUUAGCACAAUGUUGGGAUAAGUGCUUAAAAAAGCUAAAGUAAUACAAUGAAUUCAAUGUUACCAAAAUUCCAGUCUAUAAAUCAAAUAGACCAGCAGUAAUAGGCAACAUCUGGAUAACUAGGACUACCUCCUAGCACAUUAAGUUACUAUAACAACAAUGGAGGAUAGAUUUAAAACAAUUUGGAAUCUAUUUAGUCUAGUUCAUACUUCAGUAAUAAUAUGCCAACCUUGUAUCCCAUGUAAAGAGAUGCAAUUUCUAAAAAAGUUCUGAAAAGUAAAGAUAAAAAUAAAGCCAAUGAUUUCUUGAAAGUUUAUUCAUCUAGAAGAGAUAGUUAAGAUCCUAAUACACAAAGAGAAAAUAAUCACACUGCAGAAGGAGGCUAAUUACCAACAUUGAAGAAAAGUCAAUCUGUAGCAUAGAUUGGAAGUGCACCCUUCAAAUAUACCAGGAUAUACUAAGACUCUUUAGUAGCUUAUAAUGAUUAAAGAGGUUAGUCUGCAAUCAAAUCUCAAAAAUCCUUAGCAGAUUUACACUAAGUUCAAGUUAGAACUCGUACAAUCAAUGAUAUGGGUGGAUAGAGUUCACUGCUAAAAUCUAAGUAUCGAGAAUUCGGAAGCAGCUUUAAGAUGCCUACACCAUUUACUGAUAAUAGAAAUCUAUCUGAAAAAUCUCUUCAAAUGAGUCAUCAUCAAUCUAUCUUAGGAUAAGCUUCUAAUUACAUCCUUGUAGAGGGGUAAAAGAAAAAGGGAUAAGUAAGAACAAGGGAUAUGUGGGCUGGAAUACACAGAACUCAAGAUGUAGUUAAAUGCUUCACCAACAAUGAGCAUGUCAAGAGAAUUAUCUCAAGAGAGGGCACUCCCUGGGUUAAACAUUCUAUGAUACCUUCCUUCUAAAAUCGAAAAGAUCCAUUCGUGCAGAAAUAUCAGAUACUGCUCAACCAUGUUUAGAGAGAAAAGAAUGUGAUUUAGAUGGCUGUAAAGGAGCGUGAGAAGAUGGUUAAUGAAUUGCAAGAACAGUAAUAGCAAAUGGCUCUCGUGCAAGCCUAGAACCCAGUUGAGACAUACUCGAAUAAACUUAAGUUUCACUUUGAUAAUUACAUUAAAGCCCUAGCACUUGACAAGCAACUAUUCUCUCUGGAAAAUGUGGAUGAAGAACCAACUGAAAAGUCUAUUCUAGAUUACUAUAAAGACAAAAGUAAGAGUGAAGACAUUUCAAAGAAUCUCAAUUUAGCUUUGGAAAAUGAUGCAAGCCAGAAUGUAGGAGAUGCAGGUAAUUCCUAUUUUAUUACUCAGAAAGAUAAGUUUAUGUGA